AUGGAGAGAUCCCGAGAAGAACUUGAAGCUUCCAACAAUGGCGGAUCAUCACCGAACAAGAUCACUGGAUCUCUUGAUGUUGGUGAAGAGGUUAAGUACCCACCUUUAAACUUGGCUCUAACAAUCACUCCAGAGUUUAUCAAGCAGAUUGAAUCACUCCAACAGCAACAACAACAACAACAUCAGUCCAACCCAACUCCUCCUGGAAAGACAAAACCAAUGAGUUUUCCAAUCACAAAGAUCACAAUUGGUGAAUGGACCCACAAAGCAGUAUACGAGCAGGAUCUCAAGGCUAAAAUCUAUUUUCGACAUAAAAAGAUCAUGUGGGAGUGUCUCGAAGACGUAACAACAGCAGCAGCAGAAACAACGAGAAGGAAGAGGAAGAUUGAGAUGCGAUGGGGUGAUGUCUUGUCUCUUAAACCAUGGUAUCAUCCACAUGAUCAAACCGGAAUCCUUAGUGUCGAGUUGAGAAAACCUCCAACGUUCUUCAUAGAGACUAAUAAUCCACAGGCGCUAACACACACUCUGUGGCAAAAGUUGGAUCAAGAUUUCACACUUAAUCACGCUGCUUCCCGUAACAGGAUGCAUACACUUCAUUUUGCUACUGGAGUUCUGCAAGAGAAUAUGAAGAAGCUUGUGUCAGGCGAUAGGUUUUGGUCACAACUGUUCAAAGUCAAUUUCCCAACUCGAGAAGAUCUUUACUUCGACACUAGCUAUGGAAAUGGAAACAGUGAGAACAACAUGAUGGCAGAGAGAGAGAUCAGAGAGAGAGAGAAAGAGGUGGUUCCACAUUCGAUGAAGAGAUCCCGAGAAGAACUUGAAGCUUCCAACAAUGGCGGAUCGUCACCGGACAAGGUAAAGAGUGGACCUUUAAACUUGGCUCUAACAAUCACUCCAGACUUUGUCAAGCAGAUUGAAUCACUCCAACAACAACAACAACAACAUCAGUCCAACUCAACUCCACUCCAACAACAACAAGAACAACAGUCCAACUCAACUCCGCCUGAAAAAACAAAACCUAUGAGUUUUCCAAUCUCAAAGAUCACAAUUGGUGAAUGGACCCGCGACGCAGUCUACGAGCAGGAUCUCAAGGCUAAAAUCUAUUUUCCACAUAAAAAGAUCAUGUGGGAGUGUCUCGAAGACGUAACAACAGCAGCAGCAGAAACAACGAGAAGGAAGAGGAAGAUUGAGAUGCAAUGGUGUGAUGUCUUGUCUCUUAAACCAUGGUAUCAUCCAGAUGAUCAAACCGGAAUCCUGAGUGUCGAGUUGAGAAAACCUCCAACGUUCUUCAUAGAGACUAAUCCACAGGCGCUAACACACACUCUGUGGCAAAAGUUGGAUCAAGAUUUCACACUUAAUCACUCUGCUUCUCGUAACAGGAUGCAUACACUUCAUUUUGCUCCUGGAGUUCUGCAAAAGAGUAUGAAGAAGCUUGUGGCAGGCGAUAGGUUUUGGUCACAACUGAUCAACGUUAAGUUUCCAACUCUGUAUGAUCUUUACUUCAACGACAUUGGCUAUGGAGACGGCAAGAGCAACAUGAUGGCAACACAGUUCAACGGUAGCCACGAGAGCAGCAACAAUUAAUGACUGAGUGUAGAGAACCGCUAGCUUCUUCUUUUUUUUUCUGCUUCCAUAUAUAGAUUUGUCCUCUUUAGGUCUUUUUUUACGUGUUGUAUAUACUCUUCUUGGUGUCUUUGUAAUGCAGAAAAUGCAUCUUCAGAACUCGGUUACUCGUU